AUGUUCGAGACGGGCACCGCAGUCCCUAAGUCCACCAACCCCUACGUCAGGCUGUUGGUGCGCCUUUACAAGUUCCUGGCUCGCCGUACCGAUGCCAACUUCAACAAGACCGUUCUGCGACGCCUCAUGAUGUCGAAGACCAACCGCCCCCCGGUCUCCGUUUCCAAGAUCGUCGCGAACGCCGCCAACAAGCACUCCGCCAAGGAGCACGCCGGCAAGACCGUCGUCGUUAUCGGCACCGUCACUGACGACAACCGCAUGCUCGAGGUCCCCAAGCUCUCUGUUGCGGCUCUCCGCUUCACCGCCUCUGCCCGCGCCCGCAUCGAGAAGGCCGGUGGUGAGUGCCUCACCAUCGACGAGGUCGCUACCCGCUUCCCCACUGGAUCCAACACCCUCCUCCUCCGUGGACCCAAGAACGCCCGUGAGGCCUUCAAGCAUUUCGGCUUCGGUCCCCACUCCCACAAGAAGCCUUACGUCGAGAGCAAGGGCCGCAAGUUCGAGCGUGCCCGUGGACGCAGAAGGUCGCGUGGUUUCAAGGUUUAA